AUGAGUUAUCUAUGCCGAUCUAACUGUGUGAGCAAAGAAACCAAAAUUUUUUUAAUCCGUUUCUCUUUAUUCUUGGGUUUUCUCUACGGCGGUGCUUUCCUGUUCAUGAUGAUAGAAGAAGAAGCGACGAAAGAACAGAUCGAGAAAAAUAAAGCUGAAUUGGAAAUUUUAAAGAAUAUAACGAUGGAUAAAUACAAUAUGACUGAUGAUGAAUUUGGAAUACUCGUCAACAAAUUGAAGACAACAGCGUAUGCAAAUUUGCCGGAAUGGAGCUUUGAACAUGCUACCAGUUUUACACUGCAGCUUUUGACUACAAUUGGUAUGCAAUGGCUAUGGUUUUCUAAACCACUUUAUCGUUUAUGUAGGCUGUAUACUUCUUGGUAAAAGCCAUAUGCGGUUAAUGCUUGCAAAUGUCAUUUUUGUAAAUAUCCACAACAAAAGUUACACCUGCAAGCGCCUGUGAUAUUUCUUACGAUAACUUUUAACUUUCCAGCAUAAGAUAAUGUUAUUCCCUUUUCUAGUUUUAGCUCCCAAUUAAUAGCCAAACACAUCAAACCUUGAGUGUCCACGACACAAAGAAUCGAAAGUAUCAAGUGGAAUAUUAAUCUAGUUCAAUUUCACGGUGACUUUAGUUGAACCCUUGCUAAUUUAUGAAACUCUCCGAUUCAUUACUGAAGAGCUGCCUGUCUUUCAGUGUCAUGGGGGUCAUUUCAAAACUUUGGUCCGCGGAAACUUGUAGUCAGAACAUUCGUUCAUUAUCAAACGCAAAGAGUAAGCAGAAAAAAAAUUCCUACCGUUUCUAACAAACUUUAUUAAUUCUACGAUCCAUGUUAUACCCAUUCUACUUAAAACGCAUUGGUAACAAAUGUAUUUCUUCUAAUUCAAGUAGUGAUCGAGAUGUUUCCUUCUGUCCCCAGACUGGUAUCACUUUUAGAUUUAAACUUAAGAUCUUUUAUUUUUAAAAACCUUCUUAAACGAUUUUAAUUUUGUGUAAAUAUUGAUUUAGUUUUCAUAUUUUCUUAUAUUUUGAGAUCACGAAGCGCCUAGAGCGAGCCGGAUAGGCGCCAUACAAGCAUUGGCUAUUAUUAUUAUUAUAAUUAUUAUUAUGAUGUUUCGUCUAUUCGAUUCCUUAUGGGGACUCAAUAUUUUUUCUUAGUCCCACGCUUGUAAUAAGACGAAAAACAUCUUUCUCUAUGUUUCAUCUAGUCUAUUUUUUUUUCUAUUUUAGAAAGUCCCUCUGCUUAAUUUAGGGAAAAUACAUUCUAGUGACUACGUUUAAAACAAAUUUUUUUCCAGUUGUUAUUUCAGUGUUUACCUUGCACAAAAGUCCAUUGAGAAGACACAUUAAACAUACAUUGACAUCUAAAUUAUUCGCUUUUUGUCGAAGUGCCCAGUUAAUUACAGCAUUUUCAACACAAAAACAUUUUAACGUCACAGGUUAAGGUAACAACACGUUGGGGACUGCUGCAAGACAGAUUACUACCAUCUUCUUUGCUUUUUAUGUGCCUUUACAAAGCUACUGUCACAUCCAUUAGGAAAGUACAGUUAGUAAGUCAUUUAUAGCAUUUUAGCAAAGCAUUAAACAAGUAACAUCUUUAUUUGGCAGGUUAUGGAAACAUCACGCCAAGGACCGCUGCGGGACAGAUUAUUACGAUUGUAUAUGCCAUUUUUGGUAUACCUCUAACGAUUCUCACUCUUAAGUCCAUUGGCGAGGGAUACAACAGCAUGGUCAAGUGGCUUAUAACAAAGUUCGAAAACUGCCUCUGUAGAAAGCAAAAUGAGAGUAAAAACCUUGAACUGAAGGUUCUAUUGGGCAACAUCUUCGUGCUAACAUCCAUUGUGUUCUCUGCAGCAGCAGCAUCACAAGCCACUAACGGCUGGAGCAUUAGGCAGGGUGUGUAUGUAUGGUUCAUCACUCUGACUACCGUGGGCUUCGGAGAUUUUGUUCCAGAAGCGAUGAUGAAAAUUCAACCUUCUGAAUGGAUUAUCCCUGGGUUGUGUUUCAUGGCUGGGGUUGUCGAUUCCAUGGUUGAAUAUUUUACCAAGGCUGAUUUCGAGCUUAACCGUAACAACAGUAAAUGCUUUUGCUGCAACAAUUCCCUUCAGUCUGUACAGGUGGAAGAUGAUGGUACCAGGAAGCACUCGUCCAAUGAUCUGGGACUCGAAGAGGCUCAUCAGCAAAGACGGGAUGCAAGAUCCACCGGAGAUACAAAAUUUUAA